AAAAAUACUAAAGUAAUUUACUGGUAUAUAUGACUUUUUUGUGUAAUCUUUUUAUAUUUAUUUUUCAGGAUAUUAGCGAAGUAGAUAGGGCCAUUGAGAUUGCAUGUAGACUGAAAACAUAUACGGAAGAAUUACAGAAUAGUCAUAUUGAACUUCAAGACCUUAUCCGGAAUCUCAUAAUACGUUGCGAAAAUUCCACAAGUUUGCGUAAACACAAGGAAGCAAAAGCACGCGAUAAAAAAUCUAUUCGUUCAGAGGAAGAACGAGCUACAGAAAGUAUGCGUGAAUCUUAUGACCUUCAAUCAAAGGUUAACCUUGAGACCAGUCUUCGUUUAAAAUAUCUCACAAAGGAAGAAAAAAAGAAACAGAUGAUAUACGACGAUUCUCUUUCUGGCAUAAGAAGGAUGAUGAUUGACAAGGAUGCAAGUAGUAUUUAUUCCGGAAGCUACAAGUUCGUUCCUAAAGAAGACGUAAAAGCAGAUACAUUUGUGCUAGAUAAACACACUGAAAUAGCCAAGUAUUCCAGCAAACAUUACAAAGGAAAACCGGAAAUGGAAAUAUUUAAGCAGGAGGACUGGCCUAGCAAAUGGGCUAAAGGUAAACCUAAAGACGUUGUCUCUCCCGGUUUGAAAACCCUCAAAAUUCUGUAA